AUCUCAAACAAUAAAACUGUGUUAGUAGCUCAACACAAACUAGUGACCAGUAGAUUAGAAAGGGGGUUGGGUAGCAUUUGGAAAGGGCAGUUUUUUUCCCUUAUAAUUCAAAAUUAAGACGUUUAAUUCAAUAAUAAGGCAAAUCAGUAGUUGAACCGUGCAACUGAGUUGUUGCCACUAAUCUCAUUUUUUCUUUCCAAAGAUUCCAUCAAUUCCACCCACUGACUUUGCCUCACGUACACACCAGUGAAUGUACCAACCCAUACGCACUUGGGAGCUACCCCACCUUAGAGGGUGAAAGUACAACCAAACACUCACUCACUCACUAACCGGGCAAGGAUCAUAUCCGAUUCGCUGCAGCUUUACACCACUGUGUCAAGAGAGCGGCGUUGGCUCGUCCUUGCAGUGAGUUGCGCUGGCAGCCGAGGUUGUGAACUGUGAUUGAACGGUCCUACCGAAGGGUCUUGGUCGGAAGCAUCGACUGUACUUUUUUCCAUCGAUGUUGCCUGGCCUGCUGAGUUCCUCCAGCAUUCUGUGUGUGUUGCGUGGAUUUCCAGCAUCUGCGGGUUUUCUCUUAUUUGAAUUUGUUACGCUUUUGGAUUCAAUAUCAACAUUGUUUUCGUACCUGAAGUGAUAUCUUUACAAUUGGUUUACGUACUACGUUAUUCCGCAGGUGAAGAUGGCCAAGCGAGUCGCUAUCAUUGGGGCUGGAGCCAGUGGGCUAGCAUGUAUAAAAUGCUGUUUGGAUGAAGACUUGGAGCCCGUAUGCUUUGAAAAAAGCAACGACAUUGGAGGGCUCUGGAACUUUCAGGAAAAAAUAACAGAUGGGAGUGCUAGCAUCUAUAAGUCGCUGGUCAGCAAUACCUCUAAAGAGAUGAUGUGCUACAGCGACUUUCCAUUUCCUGACAAUUGUUCAAACUAUAUGCAUCACUCCAAAGUUAUGAAGUAUUUGGUCCUGUAUGCUACACAUUUCAAUCUGAGGAAGUAUAUACGAUUUGCGACCAAUGUCUGCAGUAUUACACAGCGGACAGAUUUCUCUACCACUGGACAGUGGGAUGUAGUGACGAGCGACACUGAGGGAAAUUUGGAAACGACUACCUUUGAUGCUAUUUUGGUCUGUACCGGUCAUCACGCUGACCCUCAUUUACCUCUGGAUACAUUUCCUGGCAUAGAAAAGUUCAAGGGUCACUACAUGCAUAGUAAAGAUUAUAAAGAACCCUUAAAAUUCGAAGGGAAAAGAGUGGUAAUAAUUGGAAUUGGAAGCUCUGGGGGCGACCUUGCAGCUGAAAUCAGUCAACAUGCGAAACAGGUGUUUCUGAGUACGAGAAGGGGUACCUGGGUAAUUAAUCGUGUGGCUGAAAGAGGAUACCCUGCUGACAUGAUGUAUAACCGUCGUUUUUAUAACCUGUUUUUUCCAUCUUUAACUACUUCACUAAUACAGAGAAUGCUAAACAAUCGAUUCGAUCAUGCAAACUAUGGUUUGCAAUCUACCCACAGUUUGUACAGCCAACAUCCAGCAGUUAAUGAUGAUUUGCCAAAUCGCAUUUUAUCCGGACGUGUUCUUGUGAAACCUAAUGUGAAGCAGUUAACUGAAUCAGCAGCCAUCUUUGAAGAUGGUACAGUGGAAGAUAUCGAUGUGGUUAUUUUUGCAACAGGAUACAGUUUUGCUUUCCCAUUUCUGAAUGAGUCUGUCAUCAAAGUUAACAGAAAUCAUGCCACUCUUUAUAAGAAUGUCUUUCCACCUCAGCUGGAGAAGCCCACACUAGCCAUCAUUGGUCUUAUCCAGGCAUUAGGAUCCAUUAUACCAGUAUCUGAAAUGCAGGCGCGUUGGGCUACAAGGGUGUUUAAAGGCUCGGCUAAACUACCCUGUGCUAACAACAUUAUGGCAGACAUAUCGGAGAAAAAAGAAAAAAGGGCCAAAAGAUACAUCACCUCCCAAAGACACACCAUUCAAGUCGAUUUCAUACCCUACAUGGAUGAGAUAGCUGAGCUGAUCGGUGUAAAACCCAACAUCAAACACCUCCUCUUCAGUGAUCCACAGUUGGCAUUUCACGUUUUCUUUGGCCCCUGCUCACCUUACCAGUUUCGAUUGAUGGGACCUGGAAAAUGGCCAAAAGCCCGGGAAACCAUCUUGACACAGUGGCACCGCACUAUCAAGCCCACUAAAACGCGCGUGGUUCCUAGUGGUCAGCAAAAUGGCUCUUGGCCAAUCCUGCUGAAAUUCUUGCCCAUACUGGUGGCCCUCUGUGGCGUUUAUCUAUUUCUCUAUUAGUAAGAGGUCCAACGAGGAGUUCAGUUCGGCUUCUGUGUCACCCAAAUAACAAUGGAGAUUGUUUCACAUCCAAUUGUUUCAAAUGAAUUGUAACUAAUUUUGUUAUUGAUUAUACUUUGAAAGAACUCAAAUGUCUUGAACGAAACAAACCUGAGGUCUGGUUCUAUUGUUUAUAUUGAAUGGAAUAUCUUGCCAAGAAACAGCCUUUGCUCAUUCAAUGAGCAAAAUGUUCCUUGUGGUUUUUAUAAUGACUAAUUUAAAAAUUGUCCUUUUAUCAUUCAGGAACUGUAGAUAUACAGCUGGGUGUUUAAGUAAAUGUGAAUCAAAUGUUGUUUUAAAAUGCUCAGACAACUCUAACUUUGUAUUUUAAAAGUCAUUGAACAAUUUCCUUGAGACAUAGCCAGUUGUCUGCGGUGCUGUGGGUGACUGAGGGAUCUGCACUCCAUUUUGAGUUUGUAAUUUGGAAACGAAAGAGGUGAAAAAGUGUGAUCUUGUCUGACUAUGGGAAAAUAUUUGCAUACUUCUUUUCAAAAGUUGUACUUUAUCCCAGAAGUGGAAGUUAGCAAUCUUGUAUCAAAAUCCUCAGCUUGGUGUUGUUGGCCACACUUAAGUCUCAAAUUUAAGGCUGAGGCGUGACAGAUCGGUUCUUCUCACACCCUGACCAAUAUUCUUCACUCAACUAAUGGCAAAUAAUGCAGUUUUAUCCUAGAAAUUUCUGUUGUAUUUGGAGGAAUCUUCCUGUGAUUUUAUUGAAAAAUAGUAUAAUACUAUUUAUUUGUGUGUUGUGGAGAACAUUCUGAGAUAUUUACCUAAUAAUAUUCAGACCUUCAAUUAUUUGAAAAUUCUAAGAAUAUUUUUUAAGAUUGGGGUAAACUAAAAACAAUUCUGUUUGUAUGCUUGCAGAAUAAACGUAUUUGGCUUCUGUUCUCAUGUUUAAUUUCAUUCAGGGGGUGAUUGAAUGUGUAAAUACUGACCCAGUGAAAUCCACAGAUGCAGCUGAUUAAGCAAACAACAAGGAUUGUGAAAUGGAUGUAUUAAGGUUCAAGAAUGGUAAAUAUUGCUAAUGUGUUAAGCACUGAGAUAUCUUCUUUUAAAGACAAUUGAAAUAGUGAGAUUAAAUCUUAUGCACCUACUUUUCUGACCUGGUUCUUAUUUAAUAUUGUUAAUUUGAGUCUUCUUGGCAAUAGCUUCCUGCUCAAAUUGUUUGCGGUGGCAGGAGUUAAUUUUUUUCACUUAUGUGCUCAGGAUUAUAAGGAUUUAAAUGUGGUUCCUUUUUGCUAAAUUAGACCAAAAUAGUCUGACUUCAGACCUUGUGUGGUACCUAGAGAUGUUUUGCAACUUUAAAGUUGCUAUCUAAAUGCAGGCAGAAGAUUUACAAAACUACCCCCUAUUUUUCCUGUGCAGGAGUCACAAUUUCACAAGUGUGGCGUAUGCCUGUGAUGAGGAAAAUGAAGGUUAAGGCUCACCUCAUUGUUCAGGGAAGUUUUAACUUAGAUAAUGACAUUAUCUAAAAUAAAAGCCCUCAUGUCCAGCCCAGACAUUUAUAUAUUUUCCAUGCUGAAAGAGCUGUCCAAAUUUAUCACACUCUGUUUUCACCUACAUUAUGCCUUUUGGGAAAUUGCUAAUUGAUCUGUUUUUACUACACUAUCAUACUUGUCCCCUUUGACAAAUUCCAGACAAGCACUGUGGUGAAGCCUUGUGUUGAUGAUGGGGCCUCCUUGAUAUCUAUCCCAUUAUGUUCCAAGCUCUGUCAAAAAAAAAACUGGUGGAAACACCUCACAGCUGGUUAUGCCAUGUCCCCAUUUUAGCCAAUGCCAUCAAAGGAGAAUGUUUCAUUCAAAAACAUUCCAAAGUUUUAAAGAGUUAAUAACACUAUUAUAAAAAUGUGAACAUGUAUUGCAAUUUUGCUUUCUAUUGUGGAUUUUCAGGCCUUCUUCAUUUGAGCAUUCAAUUUUAUACAAACAUCUUAUUCCCUUGAUUAAACUGCAAACUAAGCUUUCAAUUAACUCAGAAAUAGCACAUCCUGGUAUGUUACCAUAGUUGAUAACUUACUUGAUAACAUUUAGAAAUCUGGACUAUAGCCCUGAAGGUACAAGGUUGAUUUCCACUAAAGGCAGUUGUAGUUUGCAGUAUUCGAGGUAAUUGAAUAAAUCUGAAAUUUAACAACAUUUAUCAAUGAUACUGAUUAUGAAAUGACUGGAUAUUAAUGCCCUUUGGCAAAGGAAAAUUGCCAAUUUUACUCUAGUCUGCUUGUGUCUGCAAGACAUUUAGCUGUUAACUACUCUCUGAAAUAGCAUGAUGGGGGAAUUAGGGAUAGACAAUAGGUGCAGGAGUAGGCCAUUCGGCCCUUUGAGCCAGCACCACCAUUCACUGUGAUCAAGGCUGAUCAUCCACAAUCAGUACCCUGUUCCUGCCUUCUCCCCGUAUCCCUUGACUCCGCUAUCUUUAAGAGCUCUAUCUAACUCUUUCUUGAAAGAAUCCAGAGAAUUGGCCUCCACUGCCUUCUUAGGCAGAGCAUUCCGCAGAUCCACAACCCUCUGUGUGAAAAAGUUUUUCCUCAACUCCGUUCUAAAUGGUCUACCCCUUAUUCUUAAACUGUGGCCUCUGGUUCUGGACUCCCCCAACAUCGGGAACAAGUUUCCUGCCUCUAGCGUGUCCAAUCCCUUAAUAAUCUUAUAUGUUCCAAUCAGAUCCCCUCUCAUCCUUCUAAAUUCCAGUGUAUACAAGCCCAGUCGCUCCAAUCUUUCAACAUAUGACAUUCCAGCCAUCCCUGGAAUUAACCCAGUGAACCUCCGCUGCACUCCCUCAAAAGCAAGAAUGUCCUUCCUCAAAUUUGGAGACCAAAACUGCACACAAUAAUCCAGGUGGGGUCUCACCAGGGCCUUGUACAACUGCAGAAGGACCUCUUUACUCCUAUACUCAACUCCCCUUGUUAUGAAGGCCAACAUGCCAUUAGCUUUCUUCACUGCCUGCUGUACCUGUAUGCUUACUUUCAGUGACUGAUGAACAAGGGCACCCAGAUCUCAUUGUAUUUCCCCUUUUCCUAACUUGACACCAUUCAGAUAGUAAUCUGCCUUCCUGUUCUUGCCACCAAAGUGGAAAACCUCACAUUUAUCUACAUUAAACUGCAUCUGCCAUGCAUCCGCCCACUCACCCAGCCUGUCCAAGUUACCCUGUAUUCUCAAAACGUUCUUCUCACAUUUCACACUGUUACCUAGCUUUGUGUCAUCUGCAAAUUUGCUAAUGUUACUUUUAAUCCCUUCAUAUAAAUCAUUAAUGUACAUUGUAAAUAGCUGCGGUCCCAGCACCGAGCCUUGUGGUACCCCACUAGUCACUGCCUGCCAUUCUGAAAAGGACCCAUUGAUCCCUGCUCUUUGUUUCCUGUCUGCCAACCAAUUUUCUAUCCAUGUCAGUACCCUACCCCCAAUACCAUGUGCUCUAAUUUUUCCCACUAACCUCCUAUGUGGGACCUUAUCAAAAGCUUUCUGAAAGUCCAGGUACACUACAUCCACUGGCUUUCCCAUGUCCAUUUUCAUAGUUAUAUCCUCAAAAAUUUCAGAAGAUUAGUCAAGCAUGAUUUCCCCUUCGUAAAUCCAUGCUGACUCGGACUGAUCCUGUUACUGUUAUCCAAAUGUGCCGCUAUUUCAUCUUUUAUAAUUGACUCCAGCAUCUUCCCCACCACUGGUGUCAGACUAACUCUUCUAUAAUUGCCUGUUCUCUCUCUCCCUCCUUUCUUAAAAAGUGGGAUAACAUUAGCUACUCUCCAAUCCACAGGAACUGAUCCUGAAUCUAUAGAACAUUGGAAAAUGAUUACCAAUGUGUCCAAGAUUUCUAGAGCAACCUCCUUAAGUACCCUGGGAUUUAUCACCCUCCAGUCCCAUCAGUUUACCCAACACCAUUUUCUGCCUAAUGCGAAUUUCCUUAGGUUCCUCCGUUACCCAGGUCCUCUGGCCACUAUUACAUCUGGGAGAUUGUUUGUGUCUUCCCUAGUGAAGACAGAUCCAAAGUACCUGUUCAGCUCAUCUGCCAUUUCCUUGUUCCUCAUAAUAAUUUCACCCGUUUUUGUCUUCAAGGGCCCAACUUUGAUCUUAACUAAUUAUUUCCUCUUCACAUACCUAAAGAAACUUUUACUAUCCUCUUUUAUAUUCUUGGCUAGCUUACCUUCGUAUCUCAUCUCCACCUCCCAACCCCCACUGUAUUGCCUUUUUUAGUUAUCUUCUGUUGCUCCUUAAAAGUCCCCAAAUCCUCUGGCUUCCCACUCAUCCUUGCUAUGUUAUACUUCCUCUCUUUUAUUUUUAUGCUGUCCUUGACUUCCCUUGUCAUCCACGGUCGCCCCUUACUCCACUUAGAAUCUUUCUUCCUCUUUGGAAUGAACUGAUCCUGCACCUUCUGUAUUAUUCCCAGAAAUACGUGCCAUUGUUGUUCCACUGUCAUCCCUGCUAGGGUCUCUUUCCAGUCAACUUUGGCCAGCUCCUCCCUCAUGGGUCCAUAGUCCCCUUUGUUCAACUGUAAUACUGACACUGCCGAGUUUCCCUUCUCCCGCUCAAAUUGUAGAUUAAAGCUUAUCAUAUUAUGGUCACUACCUCCUAAUGGCUCCUUUACCUCGAGUUCCCUUAUCAAAUCUGGCUCAUUACAUAACACUAAGUCCAGAAUUGCCUUCUCCCUGGUAGGCUCUAAUACAAGCUGCUCUAAGAAUCCAUCUCUGAGGCUCUCCACAAACUCCCUUUCUUGGGGUCCAGUACCAACCUGAUUUUCCCAGUCUACCUGCAUGUUGAAAUUCCCUAUAACAACUGUUGCGACAUGCCAAUUUUAACUCUUGAUUUAACUUGCACCCUAUAUCCAGGCUACCGUUUGGGGGCCUGUAGAUAACUCCCAUUAGGGUCUUUUUGCCCUUACAGUUUCUCAGUUCUAUCCAUACUGACUCUACGUCUCCUGGUUCUAUGUCCCCCCUCGCAAGUGACUGAAUUUCAUUCCUCACCAACAGAGCCACCCCACCCACUCUGCCAAACUGUCUGUCCUUUCGAUAGGAUGUAUACCCUGUAUACUCAUUUCCCAGCCCUGGUCCUCUUGCAGCCAUGUCUCUGUUAUUCACACAACAUCAUACUUGCCAAUUUCCAACUGAGCCUCAAGCUCAUCCACUUUAUUUCUUAUACUCCGUGCAUUCAUAUAUAAUACUUAUAAUUCAUUUAAAGUAAUACUUCUACUCCCCUCACCUUUCACAUCGAUAGACAAUAGGUGCUAAUUGAUCCCCAGACCAUGAAUGAAUAAAUUCACAAAAAGCAUAUGAAUUGAUAACCCUUUUGUACACAGCUUCGGUAUUGCUGUAUAUC